AACCAUAAAUCUUACCAUUUCUCUCUUGUAUCGCCACAGAUACAGGGAUGGCUUCCUCAGUUCUCAUGGGAGCCUUGUUCUUGUCAUCCAUGGUUGUGUUUGCGUUUCCAGAUGAUGCACGAGCCGAGCAUGCUGGCACGACCAGGCACUACAGCUUCGACAUACGAAUGGCAAAUGUGAGCAGGCUCUGCGCCACAAAGAGCAUCUUGACCGUCAACGGGGAGUUCCCGGGGCCGAGGAUCGUGGCCAGAGAAGGCGACCGCGUCGUCGUCAAGGUGUCCAACCAUGUACCGCACAACGUCACCAUUCAUUGGCAUGGCGUCCGGCAGCUGCGGAGCGGGUGGGCGGACGGGCCGGCGUACGUGACCCAGUGCCCGAUUCAGACAGGGCACAACUACGUCUACAACUUCACGGUGGUGGGACAGAGAGGGACCCUCUUCUGGCACGCCCACGUUUCAUGGCUGAGGGCCACCCUCUACGGCCCGAUCAUCAUCCUCCCCAAGCAUGGCGUUCCCUACCCGUUCGCCAAACCCUACAAAGAAGUCCCCAUCAUCUUCGGUGAGUGGUGGAAGGCUGACACAGAGGCCAUCAUCAGCCAGGCACUUCAGACAGGCGGCGGCCCUAAUGUUUCAGAUGCCUACACGAUCAAUGGCCUCCCAGGCCCCCUGUACAACUGUUCGGCUAAAGAUACAUUCAAGCUCAAGGUGAAGCCAGGAAAGACGUACCUCCUGCGCCUGAUCAACGCUGCUGUCAAUGACGAGCUCUUCUUCAGUAUCGCCAACCAUUCUGUCACCGUCAUCGAAGUCGAUGCCGUCUACGUGAAGCCCUUCGACGCCGAGACUAUCGUGAUAUCACCGGGCCAGACGACCAACGUCCUCCUCCAUGCCAAGCCUACUUACCCCAGCGCCACCUUCUUCAUGAUGGCCAGGCCUUACGCCACUGGAUCCGGCACGUUCGACAACUCCACGGUCGCCGCCGUGCUCGAGUACCGAAAGCCCUACAGUUCAUCCGCCGCCGGCUUUGACAAGAACCUCCCGCUCUACAAGCCGACCCUUCCAGCAUUCAAUGACACUUCUUCCGCCGCAAACUUCACCGGCAAGUUACGUAGUCUGGCAACAGCUCUGUUUCCGGCGAACGUGCCGCAAACCGUGGACCGACGAUUCUUCUUCACGGUUGGGCUCGGGACGAGACCGUGCCCGAAGAACCAGACGUGCCAAGGGCCCAACGGCACCAUGUUCGCCGCCGCCGUCAACAACAUCUCGUUCGUGUCGCCCACGACGGCUCUCCUCCAGGCACACUUCACCGGGAAGUCCAGCGGCGUCUACACCCCGGACUUCCCUGUCGUCCCCCUGAUGCCGUUCAACUACACCGGAGCUCCGCCGAACAACACGAUGGUGAGCAAUGGGACCAAGUUGGUGGUGCUUCCGUUCAACACCAGCGUCGAGUUGGUGAUGCAGGACACCAGCAUUCUAGGGGCGGAGAGCCACCCGCUACACCUCCAUGGCUACAACUUCUUCGUCGUCGGGCAAGGGUUCGGCAACUACGAUCCGGUGAACGACCCCGCGAAGUUUAACCUGGUGGAUCCGGUGGAGAGGAACACCAUCGGCGUUACGGCCGGCGGUUGGGUGGCCAUCAGAUUCUUGGCCGACAAUCCAGGUGUGUGGUUCAUGCACUGUCACAUUGAGGCUCACAUGAGUUGGGGGUUGAGGAUGGCAUGGCUGGUCUUGAAUGGAAGACUGCCGAACCAGACACUGCCACCUCCACCGUCGGAUCUUCCCAAAUGCUAAUCUUGGCGGAUCGGCCGUUUGACUAACUUGGGUGCUCUUGAUCGACAUCUUAAUGAUUUCUUUUUGUUGUGCUGUCAUUUUUGUGAGAAGAUGAAAUGUUUUCUUCGUUGACUGGGGCCAUCGUUGACUCAGUUUCAUAUUGUAUAAAUAAUAUGGCGAUUUGGUGA